UGCGUGUCAAGAGCCUCUUCGGGAUAAUUGCCCCAUAAAAAUACCAUUUGGGACCGGGGCAGCAGGUAGCGGGAAGGGCAUUGAAAUUAAUUUGGCGUGAAGGUCUCACGGCUCUGGCUGGACCGGACAUUUGGCAGAUUCUUUCUUCCUCGUUAGCUGGCAUGGAUAAAAAAUAAAUAAAACAGUUUAUAUGCAUUAGGUAUGUUAUGGUUUAGUUUAAUUUGAAUACGGGUUGAUAAUAUGGUAUUGACUCAUAGACUCGUUACUUGCUUCACCAUACAUUACUUUCCCGUUUGCACCCGCCAAUCAAAAUCCGUUUAAUUCCCAGUGCCCGAUUUCGACCGAAAAGAGCUUUCGUGUAACAUCGUAUUUGAAAAGGUCCGCGCCGUUUUCGAUCAGCUGACUGGGAAAUUUUACCGUUCAAGUUGGUUAAUUCGUUUAAUUUAAUAUUUAAUCCAUAUUUAAUCGUUUGCUAGCCUUUCUGGGUGUUUGAACGAUUUUAUAUACGGUCACUACUAUUUUCCCGUCAAUUUGUGUUUCAUAUUAGUCUUGUUUUUACAUAUUAUUAUACAUAUUCAAGGAUAUUAGUGUGGUUUAAUAUCUUUUUAAUAACUAAUUUGUUCUGAUUUUGGUGCUUUUCAUCUUUAUUUUGUCAUAUUAUAGGUGUAGGUACAUAGUUUGUGAAUUUGUCUUGGAAUUAGAAUUUAUCACUGAGCAAAAAAGUACCUAUAUUGCCUUAAGGGAUUAAUUAAAUAUGGAUUCGGCAAGCAAUAACAAAUUAACUUGCCCUUAUGCAAAAUGGUGUUUGCCAAUACAUUCACAAAGAAUAGACAUAAAUCUUGAAGAGUUUACAGCUUGGAUGUCGCUGGAUAAUAAAGAAGGAAACUAUGCUUGUCAUGAUAGACAAAAACAUGCUAGUGGAGAAGAGACUAUAUUAUAUAACUGUAACAGAAGCAAUUCUAAAGGAUUUGUUAGUUCAUGCAGCAAACGUAAUAUGAAAACUGGAGGUAGUAUUCGUAUAAAUGGGACCUGUCCUUCACGAAUUUUAGUGAAAAUAACUACAGAUGGUCAAAUUCAAGCCAAAUUUUUUGAAACGUGGGCCAUACAGAUAAGUUGAGAACAAAGCGAUUGUCGAAGGUGGAACAAAGUAUUAUUGUGGGACAAUUAUCAGCAGGGGUAUCAAAUGACAGAAUAAUUCAAGAUGCGAGAAAAAACAUUCAAAAUAAUAAAGUUGAGAGGAUAAAUUUAGUAACAAGAGGAGAUUUGGCAUAUUUGAUUCCCAGGUACAACAUUGAUAAGAAGAGAGAUAAUGAUGAUAUGACAGCUACAGCCCUAAAAAUUGAAGAAUGGAAUAAACAAGGAAAUAACCAUGUAUUUUUAUUUAAGAAAAUUGGUGAAAAUUAUCCAGUUUUAAAAGAUGAAGAUUUUGCAGUGGGGUAUAUGAAUGCUGUUAUGGAAAAAAGCUGCUGGAUUUUAGUCGCAUCACAUGUAUUGACAGCACCCAUGGAACAAACAGGAAAAAUUUUAAUUUUACUGUUAUUUGAAUUAAGGAUGAACAUAAUUUAGGAUUUCCAGUGGCGUUUUUGCUUUCCAACAGGUUGGAUCAGAUAAUUCAAGAAAUUUUUUUUAGGGCUCUUUUAACAAACCUAGGUAAACCAAUUGAUGCAGAAUAUAUUAUGAGCGACAAUGACCCGAAAUAUUAUGGGGGUGAUGGUUAUAUAAUUAUUAGUAAAUGGUUGUUACGUUAGGUUGUAAUAUAGUAAAUUUAAAAAUAACAUUAAUCAGUGUAGACAGAGCAAAAAGAGGAACAUUCAGAGGCAAACAUUAUCCAGGGGAGAAAAUAUAUGUUUUGUGUUUCACCUUCACCAUUUUUAAUAAGUUUUAUAUAAUUUUGUUUUUAUGUAUAUAUUAAGUUUUU